AUGGUGGAUAUGACUCGACUGCAUGAAGAGGAAGCGAACUUGCUUCUGGCCAUUUCUUCCCUUGAAUUGAGAUACAAUACGUUUCAAGACAGAAAGCGUCUUUUAUUUGGGCGACAGCUUUCACCCGGAAGUAAAGUUAAUGUGAAAAUGAAAGUAGCUUCAAAGGAACUUCGUGGUGUCGUAUGGUACAAGGGUGAAUUACCCCCUUAUCUCGGAACAUGGUUUGGAGUACAACUUCUUACCCCUGGGCAAGGAACAUCUGAUGGAACAUUUAGAAACAGGAAGUACUUUGAAUGCAUGAAGGAUUCAGGAGUUUUUGUGCAACUAGAUAAACUUACACCACUUGAAGAUUCACCUGAGAAUCAAAAUGUUAAAAGGAAAGAUGGAGCCCCCCAGGCUUCUUUUACAUCAUUUAUUAAAGAUUCAUUACCAUCCUUUAGAAAAGGAAAAUAUGAACAAAAGUCAUCCAUGGAAAUGACUGAACAUGGACUUGAAAUUGAUCAAAGAGUUGUGGUAUUCAUACAGGAUAAACCAGCUAGAGGAAGUGUCCGGUAUAUUGGUGAUGAAAAUGGUAAAAAAAUAGUAGGACUGGAAAUGGAUAAAAGAAUUGGAAAUGGAACUGGUAAAAGAAAUCAUGCUCAAAAGUUUAUUGCUCGAAGAGAUUAUGCCAUAUUUGUUCCACUGGAAGCUGUUAUGCCGGAAAAAGACUUUGAUGAGGAAGCUGAACAACCUCCAAAAAAGGAAACAGAGAAGCAGGAUCUCUCUGCAGAGCAAAAUGACCGAAAUGAAUUGUAUGCAAAGUCACUGGGCUAUUUAAAUGUACCAUCAGAGAGAGAAUCUUCCAAAAAAGUAAGAAGAGCAAACUCAUUUGACGCAGCAGAAACUGAAGUUAUCUUAGCUGCUGGAGAAUCUAGCAAAACUGAUCCAAAGGAGUUCAUUGAAAAGCAACGUCAGUUAUUAAAAGAGGCGCAAAGUUCAAACCUAGUUGAGACAGAUAAGGAUAAUGACGUUCAUAUGCACGUUGAAUAUAGGACUAGCAAUGAUAGCAAUUUAAACUUUCAAGAAAAUCAUUUCAAGAACACACCUCCAAACAGUACCUUUAGGCCAAUUACAAAGCAGCCUGGUUUAUACCAAGUGGAUCUUACUGAAGAGAGAGAAAAGAAGUUGCAUUCAGAUUAUAGUCUCAUUGAGAAAAACAAUGAACUCAGCAAGAGUGAAAGUAGACAAGAUGCUUCAUCAGUAUUCUCAGAAGGAUGUAGUGUAGAAGCCAUGCAACUUGAGAAAGGUGCAGUUGGACAUACAAAUCAAUUCUCAGAAAAAGAAGUUGCUGAUAGUGUUGCAGUUGCAACUGAAGAAAUGGAGGUAGACAAACUGCCUGAAGAUUCUGAAGAGAUGAAAGAAGCACAAAUUACUGAGUUGCACUCAGCAGCUGAUUCACAAUCAGUUGAGAGUAGCCAAUUGAUGAGAAACAUUCCCCAUGGAUUGGAAGUGGGAUCCAUGGCAGAAGUUCCAAUGAGCAAUGUAGGCCUUCCCAGGUAUGGUGUUGUUCGCUGGAUUGGAUAUCUACCAGAGAUGAAAGGAAAGCUGGUCGCAGGUCUGGAACUGGAAGAGGAACAGUCUCCAUGCUCUGAUGGCACAUUUUAUGGAAGGAGAUACUUCACUUGCCCAGCAGGAAGAGGUUUCUUUGUGUUAGUGGAGAAUUGUCGGCCAGAUUCACGUUUUUCCAACACAUCAUCUAAAGAUAAAAGUUUUGAAGCUGAGAAAGAUUUUGGAAGCAUGCCUUCUCCUUUAAUUGAAGGCAUAACCGAGCCUCCUAAAACGCUUGAGGAAUUGCACUGUGGCACUAUGCGUGGUCUCCAAGGGCACCAUAACUCAUGUUACCUUGAUGCCACACUUUACAGUAUGUUUUCAUUCUCAAGUGUCUUUGACACCUUGCUGCAUCGUGAAAAAAGAGAUGGUGAUCUGGAGGAAUAUGAAAAAGUACAGACGGUUCUGAGAGAUUUAAUUGUCAAUCCUCUGAGAGUAACCGGUUUUGUACGUGCAGACAGGCUUCUUGAUCUGAGACACCUUCUUGACAAACUAAGCUCCACCGCAGGACUGGUAAAUAAGGAGAAAGGUGAUUGAAGUCUUCAGAUUUGUCAGGGGAAUGUUUCCAUAAAAUUAAUUGGCCAACUAUCUUUGAGGAAUCAAGAAGUUUUCGAGGACCCUCGUGAGCUAAUUAUAGCAGUUCAUUUUUGCUAUGUUGAUCCAAUAUACUGCCAAAAUCCAUUCUUUGCAGUUGAAACUAUGUACAAACUGAAUUAUCAAGCGGUAUCAUUUACAAAACUGUUAAAUCUAAUUAAAGUAUAGUAAUGUAUAAUCUACGUAAUAAUCUAAAAAUCUAAAAGUUAUAAAGUCACUAGCUCUCUUGGUUCUUGCCUCCCGGCGAACGGACUUUUCACGCCCAGACCUAAGAUUAUAAGGAACAUUAUAAACAUUAGCUUGAGGGCGGAGUUUCCAUGUCGCAAUAAACUUCGUACGUAAUGUUUCUCGCCUAACUUCUAGGCUUGGGAGGCCAGAUAUGGUCAGGGCUUCCUCCUAAGUAACACCCGGAAAAAGUACCGUAAGGGCUCUCCUUUGUAUAGCUUCUAAUUUGGAUGACAAAUAUUCAGGGAUGUCUUGCCAAGCAACCACUGCAUAUUCUAAAAUAGAUCUAACAGUACACUUAUAAAAUAUUGCUAUUCGCUAACGACCCCCGCUCUAUGACUUAAGAUUAAAUAGCUAACUUAGGUGCCUCAGUGUAAAAUGGUAUUCGGAACAAACAUGUCUCCAAAUAGUCAAAGGUUAUCUGGGUCUUUCUACCAAACUGUGUUUAAUAAAGCACUUAUAAGUCAGUUGUCACAAAAGCUAGAAAACAUGGAAAACUUCACAUCUUAUCACGAUAGUAGUAAAUGUAAUUUUACGUAUAUGUGCAC